CCCCUGCCCGCGGACUGAAGCAGUCGCUAGAGUUUCAUCGUCUGCUUUUAGUGCUUUCUUCUAAGCACUGGGGUUUUAAGUUAAGAACCAGUGCAGUGACACAUUUUGCCUCUGGAAAGAAAAGAGAAAAGAGGAAAAAAAAAGUUUGAAAAGGUUUCCAAAUUUCCUGCACAAACGGCACAAGAGGAUUAAAUGCGGAGGUUGGAGUUAAGAGAAAAAACUUUUGAGCGUAAAAGUUCAACAACUCUAGUUCAUCAACUCUGUGAGGUGAACUGAAUGAUUCCAGACUCUUCUGUCCACGAUAAAUUGCUCUAAUAAGAAGGGGGAAAACUGUUUGUCGUUCCAGCUGCCUGUCGCGCGCUGCAAGCGGGGCGCGUGCCUCGAGUUUGCGCGCUUGUCAAGCGAUCGAACGUUUAAUUGACACCUGUUGCAUUGUGACGCGCGACAAUGCACUGUUUCCCGGUAAGUGAUUCAAACAUUUAAAAAAGUUAAAUUCGAGUGAAUUCUGUGGAAUUUUUGUAAGAUGGACAGCGCCGGACAGUUAGAGGAGUAUGUUCUUCAGUCUGUAAGUGUUUAAAAGGGAGAGAAAACACACGGGGAACUCAGGCGUCAAGUUAAAUCUGUCUGAGGUGGAAUUGUUACAUAUUUUCAGGAGUAACUCCUACUUUGUGAACGGUUAAAAAAGUAACUCAAAGAACAUAGAGUUAGACGAGGUUCAGCUCCCAGGACUUCAACUCUGGAACUUUAGAGAAACUUCUGGAGACCUGCGCUGAACGGAACGUCAAACAAAGGAGGUUCUUUCCAUUUCUUGGACGAGGAAGGAUGGAUGUGAGAAUGAACCAAGGACACCUAGUUCUGGCAGUGAUCCUAAUCGCCUGCAACUCACAGCUGCUGGUGGUCGCCAACUCGUGGUGGUCAUUAGCCAUGAACCCCAUCCAGAGGCCGGAGAUGUACAUCAUCGGAGCGCAACCUUUGUGCAGCCAGCUGACGGGCCUGUCUCAGGGUCAGAAGAAGCUCUGUCAGCUCUAUCAGGACCAUAUGGUUUAUAUCGGAGAAGGGGCAAAGACGGGCAUCAAGGAGUGUCAGUACCAGUUCAAGCAGAGGCGAUGGAACUGCAGCACGGUGGACAACACAUCGGUGUUCGGCCGCGUCAUCCAGAUAGGCAGUAGAGAAACAGCUUUUACCUAUGCCAUCAGCGCAGCAGGCGUAGUGAAUGCGGUGAGUCGGGCAUGCCGUGAGGGCGAGCUUUCAACCUGUGGCUGCAGCAGAGCAGCCCGUCCCAAAGACCUCCCAAGAGACUGGCUAUGGGGUGGCUGUGGGGACAAUGCCAACUACGGGUACCGUUUCGCCCGGGAGUUUGUCGAUGCCCGUGAGCGGGAGAAGAACUACCCACGUGGAUCUGUCGAGCAUGCACACACACUUAUGAAUCUACAGAACAAUGAAGCUGGGAGAAUGGCAGUGUACAAUCUGGCCGACAUGUCAUGCAAGUGUCAUGGCGUCUCCGGUUCAUGCAGUCUGAAGACCUGUUGGCUCCAACUGGCCGAUUUCCGUCGUGUUGGGGAGUUCCUGAAAGAAAAGUACGACAGCGCCGCUGCAAUGCGCAUCAACCGACGAGGCAAGCUCGAACUGGUCAACAACCGCUUCAACCCCCCGACAUCCGAAGACCUAGUCUACAUCGACCCCAGUCCAGACUACUGCUUGCGUAAUGAGACCACCGGCUCCCUGGGCACCCAGGGCCGUCUUUGCAACAAGACCUCAGAGGGAAUGGACGGCUGCGAGCUAAUGUGCUGUGGUCGUGGUUACGACCAAUUCAAAACCUACAAACAUGAGCGGUGCCACUGCAAGUUCCACUGGUGCUGCUAUGUCAAAUGCAAGCGCUGCACAUCACUGGUAGACCAAUUUGUCUGCAAGUAGCACCCUGGGAAUGGGACAGAAACCCUGGAGAGGCACUGAGCAAUUAGUGAGAGAUGAACAGGACCCUUGGCGGCCCCCAAGGGGAACUUAGAGAUAAUUAAAUGUAAAAUGAUAUAUUAAAUACAACAAAUUAAAGAAUAUAAAUAAGUGUAUGUGUGCCAUUGAUAGUAAUUUAAUUACUUUUUCUGACUCAAGAAUUAAAUGUUAGACGUCAUUGAUGAAACAGAUGCAUGAGUGCUCGUUUAUUUUGUCGUCAAGAUGUUGUUCUCUCUACCGUACGUGCUCAGCAAACACAUUUGUGUUUGAAUGUGCUUGAACGAAGGUGGGACCCUUGGCCGUCUUUAGAAGGAAGAGCCUAUAAACCCUUGAGAGACUCUAGAAUUUUCUAGAAAAGGAAGAGAUGUAGAAAGAGGACGGAGAACAACAUGGCACACCGACCAACACAUUUUCUAAACCGUUGGUCAUCCACUUGCUUUUAGACUGUGCUGAUUCUUGACCAGACCUCCACAAACACACUCCACCUUGCCGAUAGCAGAGCUCUUAAGAACCUUGAGUCAAAUUGGGACACCGGGAUUGCGGAGAAACACAGUUAUUGGACAUUGUGUUCCAUGGUGUCAAAAGAAAAAAAAAUCUAAUGCUGCUUCUCAACCUCUUGUUAAGCUAGCCACUCCCCCAAAAAACCUGGAGAGACAGGUGAUGCAUAAAAGUAGGUACAGGUAUUGCCUGGAAUGGAGUUUAAAUCCUGGCAGACACACGCUGCUCCCUAUGGAUCUUUUCCAUUGGAUCUAAAUGGUCCAUCAUUGGAUUUUUGACACAAAUAAUCCUCAAAAUAGGCUUUCAAAUAUCUGUUAUGAACUUUUGAUGCAUUUCAGGGUCUUCCAGACAUCGUAUCUUGGAAGAGCAUCUAACUUAGAGCUGAUAUUGAGGAGAAUGUUGUGUUGUUCUGUCACAGUAAUGAAUGUGCGUGUGGAAAGCAAAUCAAGGCAACAUUAAAAGGACUGCAAAAAUAUUAUUGUAACCAAAUACUAGUGGUUCAGAUUAUAUUUUAUUAAUUGCUUCUCAUUGUAUACAUCAUAUGUAUUGUUCUCAUUAUUAUAAUUUGAUAAAGAAGCUUUUUACUGGGGAUUUAUAUGCUAACAGAGGAGAUAUUACUGGCCACCAAAAUAAUGGGCAAUCAUAGCCAACCUCUCCCAAUCUCUGUCAAGCCACACAACAAGACAAAAAUAUCUUCUGUUCAUUUAUGUUUUUGGAGGAAAACUACACUUGUAAAUAACAGUCAACACAUACUGUUUAUGCAAAUAACACUUGACUUCACCUGUCUGUCCACAAUGUUUUCUGCCCUGUGAUCAUAUGCUUGUUGUGUGUAUUUCCCCCUCAUUCAAACCAGUAAUAUUAAAAAUAUCAAUAGUAAUUAUUAUAACCCAUGUAGCUACUUUAAUUCACUUUCCCUGACUGUGUUUAUUCUGUUAACUUUGUGCAAUUACUCAAUUGAUCACAAUGACAAAUGGGAUAUAUAUUGCACAUUAGCACAAUGUAAUAAGAAUUAUAAGUGUGUAAAUGUCAAGAUGAUGUAAAUGAGUAUUGACUGUUCCUCUGACUUCAAGAUUUAUUUAGCCUAUUCAAUGUCAGAUAUUUUAGUAACACUUUACUAAAACGAAAUGCAUUAGAUAUCACAAACUAACAAAGAAUAAUUACUUUUUACAGCAUUUAUUAAUGUUGGUUUAUGUUAAUUUAUCAAAAUAAUGUUGUUCAUUGUUAGUUCAUAUUGUAUUACCUAAUGUUAACAUAUAAAACUUUUAAUGAAAAAAAGUCAGAUUUGGGAAAAUAGCACAUUAAAAGUACAGUUACAGCACUUAAGUAACACAAGUAAAAGUAUUCAUUUUUUAAACUAUUUAAAAAAGUACAAUUCCUGGGCAAAACUACUUAAUUACAGUACCGUGAGUAUUUGUAAUUUGUUACUUGACUCCCCUGUACAUGACACAGAAGCUGUUGUUCACCACAAAAUGAAAAUU